AUGCCAUCUAUUCUCCUCAUCAAUGGGCCCAACCUGAACCUCCUGGGUACCCGCGAACCCCAUCUAUACGGCGCCACUACCCUCCGACAUGUUGAGGAGAAUUCCAAAGCUGUUGCUGCAAGCUACGGAAUAGACCUCGAAACAUUCCAAUCGAACCAUGAAGGCCAUAUUAUCGAUCGAAUCCACUCCGGCCGGGAUCGCAUCGAUGUCAUCAUCAUCAAUCCUGGAGCAUUAACACACACAAGUGUUGGUGUGCGCGACGCUUUAGUUGGCGUUUGCAUUCCGUUUAUCGAAGUCCAUAUCACCAAUGUACACGCGAGGGAGCCGUUUAGGCAUCAUAGUUAUCUGUCGGAUAAAGCGUCAGCAAUUUUAGUUGGCCUGGGAACCUACGGAUACGAAGCUGCCAUUCAACAUGCGGCGAGAAAUCUGAUUCAAGGGAACUGA